AUGCCUACUCUGGAGUGCCCUCGGAUUUUUGGGUCGCGCGGAUUCGUACAUAUCGACAAAUCCAAGAGGUCCAAACUGAAUGCAAAGGCUCAUCUACGUUUGCUUCUUGGGUGCGCUGAAGGAUCAAAGCUUAAAGAGUUUGGGGGUGGCGAGGCUAAGCGUCUUGUUACGACUCGUACCAUUCAUUCGGACGAGCGAGUGCCAUUUGCGGACGUGACAGUUGAUUUUUGCAGAAUUCAAGAAGCAUCAAGUAAUUCGCCUGAAAAAGAGGUUGAUGAACGGUACGCACCACCGAGUGUUUCACUUCAAGAGGGCGAAGAGGAUGUCGAGAUAGAAAACAUUACUGUCGAUGACGAGGCAGAAGGUUUGGUGGUGGAUCCACCGUGA